AUGCAGAGCCAACUCAGGUACUAUCACAACACGCGUUUCUUCAACAAUCGUCAACGAUCGAGGGGUAAUAAAAAUGUCGGAGUCGUAAACGUCGGCGGUGAAUCAAACAACGAUUUGAAAGAAUUAAGAAAAAGCGAAUAUUUUUCCAAAGAGGGUGAAAAAUACAAAUUGGAAAAAUCGAUGAAAAUAAUACAGAUAUUGAAGCACAGAGCGAAAAACAUAGAAAAAUCACUCAGGGAUCCGUGGAAAUCGAAAAUGAAUGCCAAAUGUCCGUACAAAGUAUUGCGAAAUACGGCAAAGCAAAAAUUUAGAUCGUUUAACGCUCAGAAAAAAGUUCCCGCCAUUAUGAUCGUACCGAAAAUGGUUUCCGGAAAGAAAACCGGAAAUAAAAAUUAUUGCAAGAGCAUAGUGAUGCCCGCGACGGCGGCAAAUUUCCUCUCUUACGCCAAAAACAGCAAUAACAUAAUAAAUACGAAUUACGAUUCCGAUAAUAAUAAUAAUAAUAAUAAUGAUGAUUUAAACGAUGAAUUCAACGGUAACACGUUCGACGAAGAUAAUAAUAAUAAUAAUAUUAUUAACGGUUACGGUGAAGACGACGAGGAGGAAAUGGAAGGAGGAGGAGAUUUCGACGGUAACAAAUCGUUGAUACUGAGUGAAAAUUCGGAAAAUUGUUUGUACAAACAAUUGAACGAUUUGAAAAAGGAAAAUGAAGAAUUGAAAAAGAAAAUAAUUGAAAUUAUGGAGAGAAAAGGAUUGAAAGACGAUUUGCAAAUGAACACGGAUCACCUGGAACUGGAAAAGACAAAAUUGAAAGCUUGUUGGCUCAUCAUGUCCUCGACAUUGGACGCGUUUAGUAAUUUUUGUAAAAAAUUAAGAACGAAACAAACAAACGAUGGUAAAAUGAACGGAGAGGAUUGUUGUAUGAAAACGUCGAAAAAUAAAUCCGACGUCGUCGCCGACGGUUACGUCAUCAAUAAUACUAAUAAUAAUAAUAAUAAAAUGAAUUAUUGCAAAGGGAAAAACGGAAACGGUUGUUGCAGUAACGAUUUCGAAGAGGUUUUAGAUGCCGCAGCAUACGAUAAAGAUGAUAAAAAAUAUUAUAGUUUUUUAAAAAAAUUAAUAUUGGAUCAAGUGGAAAAUGAAAAAGAGAGAAAUAGAAUCGCGAAGUUGGAAGGUUAA